UCAGAACAUUUCCUUUGACUACAACUUAAAAUUAGACCUACAAAUUUUCCAUAUUUUGGCAGAGGCGAUAUUUAUUAACUGUAUAAUCCAGGUUCAGUUUGUUAAUUGUAAAAAAAAAUGGAUUACUUUGAGAAUGCACAAAUUGGUGGAUAUCGUAUUGAAAUGCCAUUUCCCCAGCUAUUUUAUCCCGAGAUGAAUUCCGUAAAUAAAAGCUUUGAUCAAACUGCCAUGUCGAAUGUGAACAAUUGCGGGAUCCAGAGCGAUUUUUAUGAUAGCGGCGUCAAAUCGGAUAUAGACCAUCUACAAGGGGACGGGUGUAACAUGAACUACCGCCAGCGGCACGUCACAAACAACCCUUUUUCCUAUCGCUGCACAGAACGCCAAAGUCGAAGAGCUCGGGAGAUGCAAGCCCGCAACGGCCUGUAUUAUCACAGUACCCCGAACGAUGGAUGCGAUAAGCGGAGCGAGUAUCCACAAUAUGCUGGAGAUCCCAUGGGUCAGUCGAUUACAGUCAACUCACUGUGGCAGUAAUGGAUAUAAAUAGACAUCAAGUGUUAUAUAUAUAUAUUUAUAUAUGCAUUUAUAUAGC